GAGCCCCUUCCUCUCUGGCGGAUCCGGUCAGUGUUUACGGAAGUGACGUCCGACGUGACGUGUCAUUUUCCGCACAGGCGUCCAGGAGCGAAAAGAGAAGUCAUGAAACUCCGGCGAGAAUCGCGCUUAUAGAUCAUAAAUGUCAUAAAGAUCGGCGAGCAGCGCGAUUGUGGUCAUGUGUGCGUCGCCGAGGAGCGCGCGCGGCUGAGCAGCGGCCGCUUUGAUUGACGCGCGUGCCGCGGCGAGGUUUGUUUACGUGUCGCGAGACGCCCGCUCGGUUAGUCGAGUUAUUAAUCAUUGGUGAGAGUGCAGUGAGGGUGAAGAUGACGACCAGCAGCCCCGAGGCGGUGAAGAGACUCCUGGAGAACAUGCAGGCGGAUCUGCGCUCUCUGUCCAUGGAGUGCAAGAAGAAAUUCCCUCCAGUCAAAGAGGCCGCAGAGUCUGGCAUCGUCAAGAUCAAAACCAUCGCUGCUAGAAACACAGACAUCCUGGCAGCGCUGAAGGAGAACAGUUCAGAGGUGGUCCAGCCGUUCCUCAUGGGCUGCGGAACCAAAGAACCCAAAAUCACCCAGCUGUGCACUGCACUUAUUAUGAGGGUUAUGAGCCACGAUUGAGUCUCGGCGGCGGCGGCGGGGAACAUCAUUAACAUGCUGUGGCAGCUGAUGGAGAACGGACUGGAGGAGCUCAAACUGCUGCAGACGGUUCUGGUGCUGCUCACCACUAACACCAUCGUACACGAUGAAGUGCUGUCCAAGGCCAUCGUUCUGUGUUUCCGCUUGCACUUCACUAAAGACAACAUCACCAACAACACGGCGGCUGCCACCGUCAGACAGGUGGUGACCGUGGUGUUCGAGAGGAUGGUGGCAGAGGACGAGAAGUUCAAAGGUCUGACCGAAGAGCCUCCUGCUGUCCAGGGCAACAGUAACCGGCGCUCCGUCAUCACCCUGAGACCCAGCGCUAAAGACGCCUACAUGCUGUUCCAGGUCAGCUCUUCUUUCUGUCGCAAAAAAAAAACCCCCCCCACUUUCGGCCUGGAGCUGCUGGAAUCAGUUUUAAAUGACUUUCCGGAAGUUUUCCUGCAGCAUCAGGAGUUCAGUUUCCUGUUGAAGGAGCGCGUGUGUCCGCUGGUCAUCAAGCUGUUCUCUCCCAACAUCAAGUUCCGUCAGGGCAGCAGUAGCAGCGCGUCGUCUAGGGCGGCAGUGGAGGAGCGUUGUUUCCCGGUGUGCUUGAGGUGGUUGUGUUUUGUGUGUUGUGUGUGUGUUUUUUUUUUUUUUUUGUGUGUUGUGGAGUGUGAGAUCUUCCUGUCUCUGCUGGUGGUGGCCGGUGGAAGUCCCGGACGUGCAACCGUGCACAGACUGUGUGUUCAGCCGCAUUUACUGCGGUCUUUCUGUCAGUCGUACGACAUGAAGCAGCACUCCACCAAAGUCUUCAGAGACAUCGUCAACGCUCUGGGCUCCUUCAUCCAGUCCCUGUUCAUCCUCCCCAGCGCAGGAAACCCCUCGUCCACCAGCACGCCUGCAGGUGGGUCAGUGUCGGGGUCGCAGGCGUCGGGUCAGGGAGGUCCAGGUGCAGCAGGAGCAGGGUCAGGUCUGAUCACACAAGCUGCGUUUGAGUACCGGGGCACCUGGAUCCCUCUCAUGAACGUCAGCGUCCAGGGCAGCGCCAAAGCCACCUAUCUGGAGAUGCUGGAUAAGGUGGAGCCGCCCUCCAUCCCAGAAGGUUACGCCAUGUCUGUGGCCUUCAGCGCCCUGCUGGAUCUGGUGAGAGGAAUCACCUCCAUGAUGGAGAGAGAACUCAACAAACAGGAACAGGAAGCCGCUACGAGGGAGGAGGCGGAGCCUGAUGGUCCUCCACAGGAGCCCAAGGCGCGUGAGGUUUGGGAGGAGAUGGUGAGCGCCUGCUGGUGCGGUCUGUUAGCGGCUCUUUCACUGCUGCUGGACGCUAGUACGGACGAGACGGCCACAGAAAGCAUCCUGAAAGCCGAGCUGUCCAUGGCGUCUCUGUGCGGUCGUCUGGGUUUGGUGACGCCGCGGGACGCUUUUAUUACGGCUGUGUGUAAAGCGUCUCUUCCUCCUCACUACGCCCUCACCGUCCUGAGCAGCAGCGCCACCAACCUCUCCAAUAAAGUGUACUCUAUCCAGGGUCAGAGUGUGCAGAUGGUCAGUCCGUCCAGUGAAUCUCACCAGCAGGUGGUAGCAGUGGGUCAGCCGCUCACCGCUCAGCCGCAGGGCACCGUCGUGCUCACAGCGAAGAACAUUCAGUGCAUGCGGACGCUGCUGAAUUUGGCUCAUUGUCAUGGUGCUUAUCUGGGGUCCUCAUGGCAGCUGGUUUUAGCUACACUACAGCAUCUGGUGUGGAUUCUGGGUCUGAAACCCUCUGUUGGUGGAGUUCUGAAACCUGGAAGGGCUGUGGAGGGUCCGAGCACGGUUUUGACCACAGCGGUGAUGACCGAUCUACCCGUCAUAUCAAAUGUCCUGUCCAGACUCUUUGAAAGCUCACAAUACCUGGACGACGUGUCUCUGCAUCACCUGAUAAACGCUCUCUGCUCUUUAUCCAUGGAGGCCAUGGAGAUGGCUUACGGAAACAACAAGGAGCCGUCUCUAUUCGCAGUGGCCAAACUGUUAGAGACCGGACUGGUUAAUAUGGACCGGAUCGAGAUUCUCUGGAGGCCGCUGACGGCUCAUUUACUGGAGGUCUGUCAGCAUCCUAAUGCUAGAAUGAGGGAGUGGGGAGCAGAGGCCAUCACCUCGCUGAUCAAAGCUGGGCUCUCCUUCAAACACGAGCCACCGCUGUCCCAGAACCAGAGGCUGCAGCUGCUGCUUCUGAACCCUCUGAAGGAGCUCUCCAACGUCCUUCACACCGAUAUCCGACAGAAACAGCUGGAGUGUGUCCUACAGAUCCUGCAGAACCAGGGAGACAGUCUUGGACAGGGAUGGCCUCUUGUGCUGGGGGUCAUUGGAGCGAUCCGCAAUGACCAGGGUGAAUCCCUCAUACGAACAGCCUUCCAGUGCCUGCAGUUGGUGGUGACUGACUUCCUACCCACAAUGCCUUGCAUGUGCCUCCAAAUUGUGGUGGAUGUAGCUGGCAGCUUUGGGCUCCAGAACCAAGAGCUGAACAUCAGCCUGACGUCUAUCGGCUUGCUGUGGAACAUCUCAGACUACUUCUUCCAAAGGGGAGAAGCUAUUACAGAGGAGCUGGAGAGGGAGGAAGCGGUUCUCUUGAAACAGGCCCAAGAUAAAGGUGAACCUCUGAACCGACCCUUCCACCCUGCGCCACCCUUUGACUGCCUGUGGUUGUGCUUGUAUGCCAAGCUGGGUGAGUUGUGUGUGGACCCACGGCCGGCUGUGAGGAAAAGCGCCGGCCAGACAAUGUUCUCUACCAUUGCUGCUCACGGGACGCUGCUGCAACCACCGACCUGGAACAUUGUGGUUUGGAAGGUUCUCUUUCAUCUGCUGGACUGUGUAAGGAAGUCCUCCUCCACGGCCGACAAGGAAAAGAUCGAAUCUGGAGGUGGAAACAUCCUCAUCCACCACUCACGUGACACAGCGGAGAAACAGUGGGCGGAAACAUGGGUUCUGACGCUUGCGGGCGUAGCUCGCAUCUUCAACACCAGGAGAUACCUGCUUCAGCAGCUGGGUGACUUUUUCAAGGCUUGGGAAGUUCUGUUGGACCACAUCCAGUCCGCUGCACUCAGCAAGAACAAUGAGGUUUCCCUCGCCGCCCUCAAGAGCUUCCAGGAGAUCCUCCAGCUAGUCACGCCCAUUAAAGACACGGAUAAACUCGAUGCUCUCGCCGUUAUGGACAUUCCUCCUGUCCUUAUGGAGUCUCUUCAAGGUUCUGGGCCAGGAAGACCCCUAGUCCGGUCUGAUUCCCUUGCCGAGCGACUAGUCCAGCGCUACGGUGUGCAGUCUUCCCUUCCACCACCUGGAGAGGAGCUGGACGACUCGGCCCUCUGGUGGUCAGCUUGGAACACUUGGUACCGGAUAGGAACCGAGUGCACGCGACCCCCUAGUGGUGGAACCAAUAAACUAGUGUUCGUACCCAGUCAGCCGUUCCUGACGGCGCUAAUACAGAUUUUCCCAGCGUUGUACCAGCACAUCGCAGGAGGGUUCAGCAUGGAGGAUCUCAAGAAGCUGGGGGUGAUUCUGCAUGGAGCCGUGUCGGUCCCCAUAAGCUCAGACUCCUCGCCCUUCAUCUUGCCCUCCUACACGGAGGCGGUGCUCACCAGCCUGCAGGAAGCGGUCCUGACCGCCCUUGAUGUCCUUCAGAAGGCAAUUUGUGUGGGUUCGGAGAAUCUCCAGGUGAUGUAUCCCGCCAUCUUUGAGCAGCUCCUGCUGUUUGUGGAGUUCUCCUGUAAACCUCCUCAGUAUGGGAAGAUGGAGACCAAACAUGUGGCCAAUGCCAAAUACAACCAGAUCCAACUGUUUGCACCGGCGGAGUGGGUGGCCUUAAACUACGUGCCGUUUGCGGAGCGAUCUUUGGAGGUGAUGGUCGAUCUGUAUCAUAAAACAGCUUGUCACAAAGCCGUCAUCAACGAAAAAGUCCUGCAAAACAUCAUCAAGACUCUGAGGAUUCCUCUGGGUCUGAAGUACGCCUGUCCUGCAGAGAGCACCUGGAAACUGGCCGUCUCCUCUCUGCUCAAAGUGCUUUCCAUUGGACUCCCUGUUGCCCGGCAACAAGCAUCCUCAGGCAAAUUUGACACAAUGUGGCCGGAGCUGGCGAACGCCUUUGAGGACUUCCUGUUUACCAAAAGCACACCUCCAGAUAAUCGCUCCAUACAAGAGUUCCAGAGGAAUGAAGCUAUAGAUGUCCAGGUGGUGCAGUUGAUCAGCACAGAGAUUUUACCAUUCGCCAAUUUCAUACCCAAAGAGUUCGUAGGUCGUAUCAUGAGCAUGCUCAAUAAAGGAUCGAUUCACUCCCAGUCGUCAUCGUUCACAGAGGCUGAAAUGGACAUCCGUAUGCGGGAGGAGUUCUCUAAGGUGUGUUUCGAGACGCUCCUGCAGUUCUCCUUCAGUAAUAAGGUGUCGACGCCGCAGGAGGGCUACAUCUCGCGUAUGGCUCUGUCAGUGCUGCUGCAGAGAGCGCAGGACGUGCUCCGACGAUACGUGGAGGACCAGAGACUCAGUGGACGCUGCCCGCUGCCCAGGCAACAAGUGACUGAGAUCAUCUUUGUGUUGAAAGCCAUCAGCACUCUCAUGGAUUCCUUGAAAAAGACUCAACCAGAGAACGUGGAUGGGAACGUGUGGGUUCAGGUGAUCGCGCUGUACCCGACGCUUGUGGAGUGCAUCACCUGCUCGUCUCCUGAAGUAAGCUCCGCCCUCAAAGAGGCCCUGGGGCCCUUUAAAGACUUCAUGCAGCCGCCCGUCUCCAAAGUGCAGAACGGCGAAUCGUGACUGAACGUUUUUAUUCCACCGCAAACAUGAAUGUGACUGUUUCAUACGCCACGCGUCAUGACGAUUCACCCCCAUCGUCAUGGUAACUGUUGAUUGACAGCUCCAAAUCCCAUCGUUCCAAGCUUCUUCUAAUAUGAGCUGACGGUAGACUCUGAUUGGCUGACUUUAGCGAUGUAUUAACUGCUAUGUUAAAUUUGCAGCGUUUGUUGUUUUUAUGGGUUUUUGCUGAGAUCCCCCCCCGCCCCAGGAGUUAAUGUACAGUGUUUGGUGAUAGUGUUAAAGAUUUAAUUAAGAAUGACCUAUUUGGAUUGAAAAUCAAUCAUUUAAAAAGAGAGAAUGAAAAAUCAUAAAUACAUGAAGGAUGUCCUUUUUUUUUUGUGAAAUUUUCAUAACAGCAAUGGAUUUUAUGCAAGAUGGUACUGUAACAUUCCAUGUCAUCUUUAGCCACAUUGAGAAGGGCGUGUACAAUAAUAAAUGGUACAGUUCUAUGAACAUCAGAC